CUCUGCUGGAGUCAACUUCAGUGUCGGAGGCAGGGCUGAGUCGGCCCGCAGGAAUUAGGAAGUAUUUAUGCGUGAUUCAACACUACAUACGACAGCGAGCAGGAGCAGAAAUGUCAGCGUCGGCUUCACUGUCAGAGCUGAGGCUGGUGGUGCUGGGCCGGACUGGGGCAGGAAAGACGACGGCAGUCCGCAACAUCCUGGGCCUACAGGACUGCCAGCAGGACACAAAUAAUGAUGGUGAUGAUGCUGUCCAGGAGUGCCGCAAACACAGAGGGGAGGCCGCGGGGAGACAGGUGCUGAUAGUCUCUAGUCCAGCUUGGUUCGGCUCAGGUUGCAAACCAGAGGAAAGGGCAAAGCACAUCUCCUCCUUCGUCGCCUCAUCCAGCCCUGGGCCACACGCCUUUCUGCUCUGUGUCCCAGCAAACCAGCCUGCUGAUGAAGAGGCCAAGGCACUGGAUGUCCUGAAGAAGCUGUUUGGCCCCUCUGCUGUUAGCAGAAAUACCAUUAUACUCUUCACCCACACAGAUGUGCUGGAAGAGGACGAGCAGCUGGAGGAAUACCUCGUCACGUGGCGGAAGGACCUAAUGGAGCUGGUGGAGAGAUGUGGAGAGCGCUACCACACCCUGGAAAUCCGCAGCGGAGAACAAGAGGGAAGAAAAACUGUGGAGGAGCUGCUGGAGAAGGUUGAGCAGGCAGUUAUGGAGAGCGGGACUCAACACUUUAGCUGCCCUCUAUAUGAGGAGGCUGAGGAAAAGGUGAGAGAGAGGCAGGUAGAGAUAGUGAGACAGAGGAGAAGAGGGGAGCUGAAUGACCAGGUGUCGCUCACAGACUCCCGACCGGAGGAAACCGUGACAGAGGAAGAAAUGGAAGCGGUCCGGGAAGAAGCAGAGAGGAGCAUAGGUGAUCUGAAUGUGGAUGUAGAUGGCAUUUUCCCCUCUACCAGUAUCUCACCUUCCUCCCAUGCUCCCUCUUUUCUCCGGGGCUUGUGGGAAAAGCUGAUAGGCUGGAUUAGGUGGCUGUCCAGUCUGGUGAGAAGGGAGUCUUUGCUGGGGUCCCUGGUUGGCCUGUUCGUGGGAGGGCCUUUUGGAGGUAUGGUUGGGGCCACUGUGGGGUCUGUGGCUACUGAAGUGGGGAGAAGAAAAACAGAGAAAACUAAAUGAGAGAGAUCCUCAUAUGUAAUGUGUCAAGUUGCACCUUAAAGUCACUCAAGUGUGUUCAGCAAACCACUGUAUUUCUGGGCUUACCAUAUAACACCUGUCAAAAUAGCAUUUAUCCCUGAUUAUGAAUAAUGCCUUAUAGAUCAGGACAGUUUAGGGUUUUCCAAUUUUUUUUUAAAGAUUUUUGGACUUUUUUUUUUCCUUUAUUUGACAGCAAAGAGUAGACAGGGAGGGAGAAGACAGGCAGCAAAGGGCCGUGGGUCAGACUCAGGUGCCUGUUCAGCCAGUGAGCUUAACUGGUGCCGUGUUUGCUAGCUUUUUUACCUGCCUGUUUUUGUUAGCUUAGCAAUUCAUAUUGUUGGUGUGACUCAGAUCUUUAACUCUUUCUGCUGUACUUAAAUCAACUUGUCUGCAAAUACUUGCUAACAAGCAAAAUCUGGAAAAAGUGCGACAUAAGCCAGAAACAGACUGUUCACCUUCAAAGGAAAAGUUGCACCUUGUGAAACGUGUUGGUUUCCGAGUGAGGCACAACUUUUCCUUUGCAAGCGAAUGGUCUCUGUUUCUUGUUUUGCAUCACACUCUUCACGCUAACAACUGCUUAGCAAGUAGCUGGCAAGUGUUAGCAGACAAGACGUCUUCCAUACAAACUACGGGUGACGGCAGAAAUCUGCUAGCGACCAAAGCAAUCGCAAGGAGGUUUUUAGUGGAGCACUACAUACUCUUUUGCAAUGAAUUUCUCCUGCAACCACUACAACCAACUGAUUGGCAGAUACACAUUUUAUUUCCUAGUGACCAGUUGUUCCCAGCUGCUCAUCAACCAGUCUCUAGGGCUGUGUGACUGGAGCCUAACAGACCACCCAACAAGUUUGUGCUAUUUAUGGAUGCAGCUUGCCAAUCAAGAUUGCUAGCAUUAGCUGAUAACUCUACUCUCUUGUCCUUUUAUGGGCACUUCUGUCUCCAAAAAAUAUCACGACAGUGGCUAAAGUCCUAAUGUUCAGGCUUCAGGAUGCCACAGUAGCUGUGUUGAAUGAUUUUUAUGCUGGUUGUUGGUUACUGACACUGUGAACAGACACAAUAAAAUUUAUUGGAGCUGUAGUUCUGUCCAGCUCGCCUCUCCUUUUAGCUCUGUUUUUGGUCUCCACCAGGCUCUAAGGAAAUGAUGUGCCUCUUUAGCUGCUGUGUUCACAGGCUAGUUUCCGACUUUGCUGUGUUUGAUGCUGGGCAGGUAUAUACAGGAUGUUUUUAGCAGUGUUUUUUUUUUUUUCCCCGCCCUUCUGCAGCUGGAAAAUAAAUAAGUGACAUAAAUCAGUGACCCCCUACCCCCCAGCCAGUUUAAAGAAGUCAAAGCUUUGCAUAGCUUAGGUAGAGUGCAGAGCUAGCUAAUAGCACUCUAAUGCUUUUAAAACUAAUUGUAUCUAAACAUAUCAUUGUUACUAUGAAUAUAUUGACUAUAUCUGCUUUAAUGUUAUUAUAAAAAGCAUGUCAUACAACAUCCAUAAAGAUCAUUUAUAAGCUGGCAAGCAGCUUGUCCUUAUGUGUAUUAUUACUGAUCUCUAAAGAAAUGAUUUAUUAAUGAGUAACAACUCUGUUUUAUGUUGUUGAGAGUGGGCACUGGAAGAAAUUAAACACUUUUGUUAGGAGGCAGUACUAAGAAGAAACCACAAGGCGGUGACAUUGAGCUUUAUAUAGAAGUUUGAAGCUUUUUGCUGAGAGCUAAUUAUUUACUGCUUACCGAGCAAAUAAAAG